AUGGACUCUGAUGAUGAGGAAGAUAAUAGCCAUAGCAGCAACAGCUUUGACGAGGACAUUGUGUUGAGCAGCAAAAAGAAGAGCAGCAAAAAGAAGAGCAGCGCUACUAAGGAUAUUGAUCUUCCCUCGAAUGUUCCCAUUCAAACCAAAUUCCGACCCAAUGACGCCGCCACCGCCUUACGGCCAGGAUCCACAAUACUAGCGUGCAAUGGAUGCGACAUUCACUUGGGACGAGGGGCGGCGACAAUCCCAACCCACAACACAAUUUCGGCGCCACCCAAAGUCAUGGGGAAAACGGGUCGAACCCAGCAUCGGUAUCUGAUUGUCUUGCCGGGAAAUUUGUCUCUGACUCCCAAUCGCACAGGAAUGCUGGCCACUCCCAAGAAAGAGACCAAGAAGAAGAAAAAUGACAGUGAGGAGGAGGAGGACAGCGAGGGUGAAGAAGAAGCAGCCGUGAAAGCAAAAUCCAAAAAGGCAGAUGCCGUGACACUGGGAAAUAUCCAAGGACUCGACACGGACCAUCCGACACUGACCAUUCCGUUCGGUGACGGUCGCUUGACAUUUGCUGGCAGAAAGAUUCAUUCGUCUUCCAAAUUCAUGAUGUUGACUUGUCAAAAAAAGGCAGACGUGAGCUGCAAGCAUGUGUUUACUACCAUGGUGGUCUUUGGAGAUGCUACCCUGCAUGAUGCCAACAAAAUUCCAGCCAAAGUUGCAGCCAAAGAAACAAAGGACGAUGAGGAUUCCGACGACAGUCAGUCCAAUGCCUUGAUACAUUAUGGGGGAUCCGAACGAACGGUGGAUGGGGGCACUGCUACAAUCACCAAGUCACGGAAAAAGACGACCAAUACCACAACGGCCACCAAACAACCCAAAGUGCCAGAGAGUGAUGACGGCAGCAGUAGUAGCGACGAAAAACCAACCGCCAUGGAGAUUGAUGACAGUGACAGCGAUGGGGAAUUUCAAGGAGGCAAAGUCAAGGUUCCAGCAUCCAAGCGCACAGCUCCUCGACGAUCAACUUCACAAGUCAAGUACGAUAUUCCCUCCAGCUCGGAUGAAGAUAUUCAACAGGACAGUAGCAGCGAGGAAGAAGAGAAGAAACCAAAGGCACGAAAGCCUCCUGCGCCAAAGACAAAGAAACCAACUACCAAAAAGUCAAUAACAAUCACACAGGAUAGUUCAGAUGAACAAGACAGCAGUGAUGACGAAGCCAUUCCCAAGAAAGCAAAGCCAAUUGUCACCGUUGACUCGGAUGAUGAUGAUGAUAAUGAUAAUGGGGCUAGUAGUGAAGACGAGAAGAACGGCACGAAAACAAAGCCUUCUGCUCCCAAACAGAAGCCAGCAACAGCAAAGUCGCGAAAAGCAAAGAAAGACGAAAGUGGUUCCGAGGAUGAGACACCGGCAAAGAAGAAAGGUGCUGCAGCCAAAAAGGCGGCCAGCAAGAAAGAACAUGCCGUCCUUUCCGUUGAUUCCGAUGAUAGUGACGAUGAGAAAGGGUCGGCCACAAAGAAAAAGAAAAACGACAAUCCCCAAGCAACUCGCCGGGCACCAAGUCGACAGGCCUCUUCCAGAAAGAAAGCCGAGUAUGUGGAACUUGAUUCAAGUAGUGAAGACGAACCAGAUAGUGAUUCGGAAGAAGACAAAGCUGCCAAAAAAAAGAAGGCAGCAACCAAGAAACCCUCCAAAACAACCAACAAGAAAGCACAGUCUUCCAAAGAGGAGGAUAGCGGUGAAGAAAGCAAUGACGAUGAGAAACAACAAAAACCCAAGGAUAAGCCGGCAAUAUCUUUGAGCAGUGACGAAGACGAGGCUGGUAGUGACGAGAGUGACAGCGACAAGGCAAUCAGCAAGCGCAAGCCAAGAACAUCCGCAGCCAACACUAAAGACUCGGAGGAGGAUGGUAGCAAAGCAGUGAGCAAGCGAAAGCCAAGGGGGUCAACCUCAUCCGCUGCAAAGAAAAAGCCUUCAGCUACAAAGAAGGCACCACCCAAGCGGUCUUCUAGUGCCACCUCCAAGAACGCCAAGAAAAAGGAUCAACCAGAUGUCGACAGUGACAAUGACAAGCCAAAAGCAAAGCUGUCAGCUAACAAGAAAGCACCCCCAAAGAGAAGCAUUUCCGGAGCAAAGAAGGAUCAAUCAGAUGAUGAACCAGAUGUCGACAGUGACGAUGACAAGCCAAAAGCAAAGCUGUCAGCUACCAAGAAAGCACCUCCAAAGAGAAGCAAUUCCACAACAAAGAAGGAUCAAUCAGAUGAUGAACCAGAUGUCGACAGUGACGAUGACAAGCCAAAAGCAAAGCUGUCAGCUACCAAGAAAGCACCUCCAAAGAGAAGCAAUUCCACAACAAAGAAGGAUCAAUCGGAUGAUGAACCAGAUGUCGACAGUGAUGACGACAAGCCCUUGGCAAAGAAAGCCACCAAGAAGGCACCUGCAAAGAAAAGUACCACCUCCAAGAAGGAACAAUCAGACGAUGAUGAGCCAGAUGGCGACAGGCACGAUGGCGAGCCCUUGGCCAAGAAAGCCGCUACCAAAAAACCAGCUACAAGGCGAAGUACCAGCUCCACGAAGGAACAAUCAGAUGACGAGGACUCAGAUGGCGACAGCGACAGCGAUGGCGACAAUUCCGAGGACGAGGAUUACAGCGAGGAAAAGAAAAAAUUCAAGUCAGCCACGAAGAAGUCACCCUCGCAAAACAAAAAAUCUCCUGCUCCUCGAAAGAACCGAGCUUCCGUCACGAAGAAGACGAGUUCGAAGGAGGCAUCGGACAGUAAUGAGAGCGACAGUGAAAACAAGGAGGAGGCCAAAUUGUCGACUCCUAAAGCACCACAAUCAUCAAAGAAGCGGGGCGCUCCAUCAGGUAGCUCAUCGUCUGCCAAGAAGAAAAGCAAGACGAGCGCCACAAAGGCCAAACAAGAGAUUGGAUUGACCGCAAACAUGCCAGUGGAGGUCAAGGAUACUCCGAGCCCAGUAAAGCCAAAACGAAGGCGAAAAUCAUCAUCGGCGGCCAAGAAGAAGAAGGCCAGACAGUCCAUGCACGAUCUCACAAACGACGACGAGUUUCGCUUCUUGGAGGAGUGA